AGGGGCGGCUGUCGCGCGGCGGCCGCGGCCGUAAAGCGCGGAAGGUCAGGCCGGCCUCCCUCUGCCCCAGGUGAGGCGGCGCGGCCCCGCCGAGCCCGGCCCCGCUCCGCGACCCCGGCCCCGCCGCCGGCCCCGCUCCGCGCCCUCAGCCUCCUCCCGGCCGCCCCGCAGCGCGGGGUCGGGGGCGCCGGCGGGGGCGAGCAGGCCGAAGCGCGGGCCCCCCGGCCCGGGGCUCCCUGACACCCCCGUCCCUCAGGCUCCCGGCACGGACCGGAGUCUGCGGGUGGGGGGAAGCUCCGGUGCUGCUGCUCGGGGGGCUGCCGCAGCAAGGCCCUGGGGUAAAGCUUGUGGUAGAGCUGUUCCCGGAGGGGCCUCUCCAGUGCCCUGUGCCAGUUACUGUGACCACAGACUUCGUUUCCUUCUUCAGAAGGAGUGGUACUGAGGUAACAUCUGAACACAUCUAGGUGGUGCUUUAGGAAAAGUGGCAAAGAGCAGCCAGGAUGUUUCUCCGACUGCUGUCCGAUAUCCAGUGGCGGGCAGCUCACCCGAAAUGGAGGAGGAUGACCGGCUCCCAGCGAAGCACCUCCACCACAGCAGAGCCUCACCCGGUUUCCCUGCCAGCGCAGGCACAGGUUGUCAUCUGUGGUGGUGGAAUCAUGGGCACCUCUGUGGCCUAUCACCUUUCCAAGAUGGGCUUUAAGGAUAUAGUCUUACUUGAGCAGGGCAGGUUGGCUGCUGGCACCACUCGCUUCUGUGCUGGCAUUGUGAGCACAGCCAGGCCCGUGUCCAUAGAGCUGAAGAUGGCACACUAUUCAAACAAGCUCUACCAGCAGCUGGAACAGGAGACAGGAGUGCAAACAGGGUACAUGAAGACAGGCUCUAUUUCACUGGCUCAGACUCAGGACCGACUGAUCUCUCUGAAGCGCAUUGCUUCAUCGCUGAAUGUAAUGGGAAUACCGUGCGAAAUUAUCAGCCCAAAGAAAGUCUUGCAGCUCCACCCACUGAUCAACAUCCAUGACCUUGUGGGGGCCAUGUAUGUGCCAGAAGAUGCACUCGUGUCGUCUGCCAAUGUGAGUCUGGCUCUGGCAACCGCUGCCUCACGGAACGGUGUCCAGAUUCAUGAGCGGACGAGUGUCAGUCAUGUCACAAUCCAGAAGGGUCGAGUGACUGGAGUCGAGACUGACAGAGGGCGAAUUCAAUGCGAGUACUUUGUCAACUGUGCUGGCCAGUGGGCCUAUGAGUUGGGCCACUCUGGGGAGGAACCAGUCCAUAUCCCAGUCCAUGCCUGCGAACACUUCUACCUCCUGACACAUCCUUUGCAGGAGCCUCUCUCAAGCAGCUUACCAACUAUUGUUGACCCCGACGGCAGGAUCUACAUACGCAACUGGCAGGGUGGCAUCCUCUCAGGAGGCUUUGAGAAAAACCCCAAACCUCUCUUCACAGAGGGACGGAACCAGCUGGAGAUCCAGAACCUUCAGGAAGACUGGGAUCAUUACGGGCCACUUCUGAGUGCCCUCCUGCGCAGGAUGCCAGGUUUGGAGGCUCUGCAGAUCAUGCAGUUGGUGAACUGCCCAGAGUCCUUCACCCCAGACAUGCGAUGCAUCAUGGGAGAGUCGCCCACUGCACGAGGCUACUUCGUUCUGGCUGGCAUGAACUCAGCUGGCAUCUCCUAUGGUGGGGGAGCAGGCAAGUACCUGGCAGAGUGGAUAGUAAAUGGGUAUCCGUCGGAAAAUGUCUGGCCCUUGGAUCUGAAACGUUUUGGAACCCUUCAGAGCAGUCGCACUUUCCUCCGUCACCGUGUGAUGGAAGUCAUGCCCCUCAUGUAUGAUCUGAAAGUUCCCCGCUGGGACUUCCAGACUGGCAGGCAGCUGCGCACUUCCCCGCUGUACGACCGCCUGGAUGCGCAGGGAGCCAGGUGGAUGGAGAAGCAUGGAUUUGAGAGAGUCAAGUAUUUUGUCCCACCUGGGAGUGAUCUGCUGGAUUUGGAUCACAGCAAAACCUUCUACAAACCAGACUGGUUUGAUAUUGUGGGUUCUGAAGUCAAGUGCUGUAAGGAAGCAGUUUGUGUUAUUGACAUGUCAUCUUUUACCAAGUUUGAAAUAAGUUCCACCGGAGACCAGGCCCUGGAGAAUCUGCAGUAUCUCUUCUCAAAUGACCUGGAUGUGCCAGUUGGGCAUGUUGUGCAUACAGGAAUGCUUAAUGAGAAAGGAGGGUAUGAGAAUGACUGCAGCAUAGCCCGACUCAGCAAGCGCAGCUUCUUCAUGAUUUCCCCUACUGACCAGCAAGUUCAUUGCUGGGCCUGGCUGAAGAACCGCCUGCCUGACGACAGCAACCUGGUCCUAGAGGAUGUGACCUGGAAGUACACAGCUCUCAAUCUGAUUGGCCCCCGUGCUGUGGAUGUCUUGUCAGAGUUGUCCUAUGCCCCGAUGACUGCAGAACAUUUCCCCUCUCUGUUUUGCAAGGAGAUGAGCGUGGGCUAUGCUAAUGGCAUCCGUGUGAUGAGUAUCACUCACACAGGAGAACCUGGCUUCGUGCUUUAUAUCCCCAUAGAGUACGCCCUUCACGUGUACAACGAGGUGAUGAACAUGGGACAGAAGUACGGCAUUCGGAAUGCCGGUUACUACGCGCUCCGCAGCCUGCGCAUUGAGAAGUUCUUUGCGUUCUGGGGCCAGGAUCUGGAUGCUUUUACUACUCCUAUGGAGUGUGGACGCGAGUUCCAGGUCAAGCUGGACAAGGGAAUGGAGUUUCUUGGCCAGGAAGUGCUGCUGGAACAGAAGCAGAACGGGGUGUACAAGCGCUUUACCAUGUUCAUUCUCGAGGACCAUGACACGGAUAUGGACCUCUGGCCCUGGUGGGGGGAGCCCAUUUUCCGCAACGGCCGCUAUGUGGGCAAGACCACCAGCAGUGCCUACAGCUACACGCUGGAGCGCCACGUCUGCCUGGGCUUUGUGCACCACUUCGACGAGAAGACGGGAGAGGAGCUGGUGGUGACCACUGACUUCAUCAACCAGGGAGAGUACGAGAUCGACAUUGCCGGGCAGCGCUUCCAGGCCAAAGCCAAGCUCUAUCCCUUCAGCUCCCUCUUCGCACAGCGGCGCCGCAAGGAUGAGGUGGAACUGAGUGGCUACCAGAGGGAGUAGUGCUGAGUAGACUAGACCUGCCCCUUGUCCCAAGCUGGAGUCUUCUCCCACCAUCUUCCAGCCCUUUCUCCUCACCUCAUAUAUUUCUUUCUUUUCCUUUCUUGUCUUGCAACUUUUAAACUUUUUCCAGUGUGUUACAUUUUGUAUAUUUUAAAACUUUAAUUUUCAAGCUUCCCCACCCCUGUCUGUCUCCCUCCUUCAACCCUUGCCAGGCUUCCCCAUGCCCCAGUGGAUGAAGCACAGUGCUGAACAUGCAGGGAUGCCUGUGUAGGAGUGAGUCCCACCAAAGGCCCUGGCCUUCUAGUGAUGGGAAGGGUUGGGGUGAAUCCCUGAAGACUGCACCCUUCCUCUCUCCUCUCCAGCAUAAGGCAUGGGACAGCAGGUCUUUGCUGCCUGUGGUUCAGGUGAUGGCUGACCUCACCCUGCUCUCCACAUACCAUGUGUUAGAGGGGUUGGUGUGUCGAUGCACACGGCAAUAGAACGAUCAGCUACCUCACUGGCACCAGACAAAGCAUUGUGUGAGCACAGCCCAGAGACAGGUUUUGGUGUUGUCCAGCCUGUCACUGCCCUCCUUUGUCCACCACUUUGGUUUUUCCCUAGCAGGGAGUAGAUUUAACAUCAGAGUAUUGAGAUGACAGUAGUGUUGGUAAGUGCAUUGUUGGUGGGAUUGAAUUUUUUGUGUGGGGUCACUGAAAGUAAAUGGCCUUCUAUAAAUAUAGUCAAAGAUCAACAUGUGCAUUUCACUUCUAUAAAGGAAUGUUGUUUUUUUCUUUUUUAUUAGCAAGAAUACGGAUUUCUAACAAGGAUAGAUGUUAGUGUUUAAUGUUAAAUAGCAAUGUUGAAAUGCUGCUUAUGUUUAAGCUGCACAAUAUACAGUCUCUUUCUCUUUGGGGAUUGUCUUUCACUUUGUUUAUGUGACUUGGUAAAACUCAUCUGGCAAGGUUCAUGGAGAACUUGUGUUGGUUUGGGGAAUUGAGCAGCAGGAGGGGGUAUUAUCUUGUCGUUUUAGCUGCCUGUGGUUAUUUUGAAAUUGUAGGAAAAGACACAGCAUUUGUCUCACCGUGGUGUGAGAAACACUGGGUUUUCUGUUGGUGGUGAGAAAAUGCUCAGCAGCUCCUGCUGGACUCAAGAAUUUGUCUUCUGUUUUCCUCCUCAAAUCUGUUGCACUUCUUUGUCUCUCAGUAGUACCUCAGCUGAAGGGAUUGAAUAAGGGAGUGAAGGGUGCAUGGUAUUGGGAUUAUGAAGUGCUUUUCUUCAGCACUGCUCUUUGCAUCUGGCUUCUCAUACAGAUACUCCAGAUGGUGCAGCUGGAAAUUCACCCCUUCUUCAGGUGUCAAAAUAUGCCAGUUCAAUCACUGAUGGUAAAUGGUAAAGAAAUGGGGGAAUGCUGAAUUGCCUUGUGCACAUUUGCAUCAUCUUUGUAUUUUGAGCACAAUCAAAAACCAAGAUGCUUUUCAUUUACUUGAAAAAUAUCUGUUAAAUGUUUUCCCUGCCUCUGAUACCGCAUACUUCUCAUGGUCUUUCUGCUUCACAUCUGUUUUGGACUUCAGACACAACCUUGCACUGUUGUCUGCCCCGUUAGCUAUGGUGAACAUUUUCUCUAUGGUCUAGAACCACUUUUGGACACUUUAUUUUCCAGUUAAAUGGUGAGCAUCAGUAAUGUAAAUAUGAGCUCAAAAGCUCCUCUGGUUCUUGUUUUAAGUUUGCCUUCUGCUGCUUUAGUUGCUUUAAGCUGUGCCUUCAGUUGGGUCUGUGGCUGCCAGUUCAGGCAACUGUAAGGGAAUUUAGGAUUUGAGCAUGUUGGUAUAGUAGGUUGAAUGUAGAUAUCACUUCUCUGAGCAUGCGUUCCUUUGUGGUGAGUUCCACUGAAAUGUGUGGCUUCUUCCAGGAAUUCAAACCUAGUUCUGAAUUGACAUGCAGAAUUUUCUAGUUUCUGAAAAGGAAUAACCACACUGGGGCAGCUUUUUGAGAUCUGGCAGCCCAGAGUACUCUCUGCAGCUGCUGUAGGCGAGAUUCCGCCUGCUUGUCAUUUCUGCCAAAUUCCCCUAUUAUUGCUCUCUGAACUGAAAUUUUGCCUGGUAUGUUAGAAUUAAUCACUUAAAUGAAAGGUUCAUAAAGCAUCUAAUAGCAGUUUAAAUUCUGUAAUUACUUCUUGCAUAUCUUUGCUGCUUAGAGAGAUACCAUGAUCCCAUUGUUCCCAUGCUGGAUGUGUGUACCAGGGAGGACCUUGGUCCUUCUGCGUUGGUUUUAUGGGACACUGCUUCGCCUUCCUUAUCCAUGGAAACAGGCAUUCAACCAAAGAAAGAGUUUUGUAUGUGAUAUUUAGGAUGUGGAGUAGCCCUUCUGUUUAGGGUUCUUAGAGCUUCUUAGAGCAGCCCUUCUGCUUUGGGUUUAUUGACCAUCUGUUGUGGCUGAGUAAGGCAUGAUACUCCUUCAGGAGAAGGCAAAGUAUAGGGCCAAGGUGUGCUGAAGUUUGUAUUGAAACUGCUGAAGAGAGAUUGUAGCUUGAGCUGUUCAGUUCUGUACAGAGUUACAAUUAGUUAAGACCAAACUGGAAAGCUAGGAGUAUGCUGUCCUUUACCAACCACUCAUUCCAGCUGCAUUAUAUUCUUCCUGUGAUUAUUUUUCCUUUUCCCUAAUUUAAUGGUGCCUGCUAGUUCCUCAGGCAACUUUUCAUACAUGGAUGUCUCUUCUCUAGCAGUUCUGACAGUAAAAUUGUGUUUUAUGAGCUACUUUUGUCAUUAUGUCUGCUAAGGUUUAUUUUGUGUCUGAAAGGUUUAUUUUAUGUCUAGAUCUAUUGACUUUUCCAUACCAAAAAUAGAGAGUGGAAAUAGUUUUCCACCAUGAUGGUAGAUAUAGCAACACUUCGGGUAUCGCUGUGUUUGCUGUUUGAGACUUGGGUGGUUUGGUAAUUGUCAGUCUUACAGCUCAUUAACGCCUACUCCGACCUUCCCUGCCAUGAAUUCUCUUCUUGUUUUAUAUCAGAACCUGAGAGGCCUUUAACUGCUGUUCAGGCUUAGUCGAUUUAAUUUCUGGUGUAGCUAUUUUUAAACUUACAAUGCAAAGAGUAGUUUGCCUUUACCAACUUGAACACCCGUCAAGAGGACAAUGGGAUCACGUUUUAAAAUAGUGAUACCGAGUUGGAGGAAGAUCCUUCUAGUGUAGUGUUUUCAUCUUGAGGUGUUAAGCAGUGAUGUAAGACUCUAAUCCCUUUAUCUGAUGAUUAAAGUAGAGUGCCUAAAAAAAGAACAACUAAAUCUGUUGAAGAGUUACUACCUUUAGUAUACCUUCAAAUUAGAAAAUUAAAAAUCAGAUUUUCAAAGCUGCUGUAGCAUAGUCUUUACAUCUAAGAUGGUAAAUAAUAGGGACUAUAAAAUUCUACAUCCCGAUUCUCAUCAUUAAAACUACCUUAAAAUGCUUUUUGCUAAAAAAGGUAGUUUGUUCUCAUUCUGCACAGUAAGACUAUGAACCUUGGAUUGGGAAACGCAAAAAUAGCAUCUCUCUCUGUGGCAGUAGAAGGGGAAAUGGCCUCAUUCUGUGCUGAAGUCGCAGCUGCAGGUCUGCUCUGUGCACCUCGUGUGUAUCAGUCACAGGGUUGUUACCAGUUCUCUGAGCCUUGCUGUCCAGAAUGGGAACAGCUCUGUAGGUUGUAUUAAUGGAGGCAUCUUUGCAGGGAAGGUAGCCAGUGAAUCCAUCUAAGUGUGCAUCCAUGGGAAGGGCUGGCAUGCCCAAAUGUCCUCAGGGAAUCUUAGGGAAGACAUAGCAAUUCCUUCCAUUAAAUGAUUUUCACAGAGAUAUCAUAUUGUCUCAACCUUGCUGUGUCCCUUCCUAAGUUAUCCUGUUCUGUUAGUCCUUGAGUAAGUUAUGCGAGACUUGAGUAAAACUGGUACUAGAAAAGCGGGAGUAUAUUGUUCAUAUUUAACAAUCUGAGGAUAAAAUUAAUAGUCUAUUUCUAGAAUUAUGUUUUCUGUUUCAGGAGGAUGUGUACAGUCAUUUUCACAUCUGUCUUUGCCAGAUUUAAUUUCUAUUUCUUUUCUCCAGUAUCUAGAUUUGAUAAACCUUGUUGGACAGUUUCUUAUUUUGUGGCAAAGAAGGGAGGUUGUGUAAAACUUCCACUGCAUCUCCAUAUCUUGGUGUAAGCUUGGAUUCCUCCUUUCUACUCUUGCAUGUGAGUUGCCAUCAAUCAUGUUGCUUUUCCUAUAGCACCUCCAAACUCUGCUGCUGUAGAAUUUCUCAUGCGCAAGGUUCUUCUCUUCCUUCUACCUGAUGCGUUGUCAUCGGAGCCAGGUUGGCUCUAGAUCUGUGUCUCUGCAUCAACUUAACUUAUUCAACUUUUAGAUGGUGCUGAUACCAACAUCAGAACUCCAGGCAGGUUUGUGGCUGCUGUAAAUCCCACCAUAUAACCCUCCCUUUCCCUGUACCAGGAUUUUCCCACUGUCCUUAACACUUCUUUAGUCUCCUUCCUCAGGUGGCUGAGUGCAUUAGUCCUUUUGCCAUCAGAGAGUGAGGUACAGCAAAAUAAAAACUGGUGGAGGGAUGAUGGAGUGGCUGAGCUGAGGUGGAAGUAGAGGUGCAGUGAAGGUUUGAUCCUUUGCUCAUUAUUCAUCUCCUUAAGCCCAGCCUUGGAGGGGUGAUCAGCUUUGAUUCCCAGCUCAGGGAGCAUCUUCCUCUGCAGCCUUGAUGCUGGACAAGUGAGAGCCCUGGCUCUAGGCAGUCUUGGGACAGCAUUAGCACUUGUUUCCCAGCACACAUUUGCCCCUCUCAUUGGAAUAAAGGAAAUGGUUCCACACAGGAGAAGUGGAGACUGUGUGCACUUGAUUGCCUGGAGCACUUUUGUCUCUUUGGCACAUUCUUGUAGCUGUAGAGAUAAAGCACUGACAUCACCAACCUGAUCCUUCCAGCAGGUUUGAACAGAAUGGUGACAUUUUGGGAAGAGAGCUGUAAAAAUGAGGUAGUUCCUGUGUCAGGGGAAUGGGGAGUGGCUUGCAAGGGCAGAAGUAAUUUUUAUUUAAAACACAGCUCUUGGCUGCUGAUAAUGGUGAGCAAAAUGUUCACAACCUUCACAUUUGUCUUCCUAAAUGAGUUUAUUAUAAUACUGGGUCAGAAUAAUUUCUGCCUAUUUUGGGAUGCUUUCCUGUUUUAAACUAACUUUUCCUUAAUUGGUUGUUUGGAUUUCUAUUUUAAAAAAAGGCAGUCAUGGAACAAAACUCAAGAAGGGUGGAGAUGGGUGUCAUCUGAUGACUUUAAGCUGUCACUAAAAAGCAUUUGAAAAUUUUCUUUGCACUUUAAACUUUCCUUAAGUAUUAUGGCUGUAGCAGUAUGCUUAUAGCCCUUGGCAUGAGCAGUGCUUGCAUUUGAGAGAGGAAAAAAGAAUGAAUAUUUAUAAAUGCCUUAAAGCUUUAGGUGAGGUGUUUGGGCACUAGCUGUGCCUGCCAUUUGAUUUCCUUCCUGGAAAGCUGUGUGCUGUGGGCCCAGAGAUGGUAAUUUUGAGCAAGCACUGGAGGAUGGUGGAAGCUGCUAUUGCAGUAUGAGACUGGAAUUUGUAUGGAGCUGGGAGCCCUUGUGCCUGUCCAGCUGCUGGGCUGACACUUUCCAGUUUGUUCCCCCCCCUCCCCCAAAAUAGAUUUAUUCACUUUUUUAAUGGGUUUCUUCUUUCUCUAAAGAAGCCUGGGCUGGUAUAGAGUACUCUGUGGGUGUCCCGUUGCAUUAAAGGAAAGAAAAUUCUCUGCCUGAACGCUCCCCUGCUGUACCAGCUGACAUUUGCAGGCAGGAGUCGGGAGAGGCGGGAGGGGAGGGGAUCUGCUACCGCCUGUCGUGUUUGCUGAGAUGGCUCUGAGACUUCUCAUCUCCCAUUUGUCUGGAAGCUGGGCUGGAUUACUGAUGUCAGGCUGGAUUACAGCACAAGCCAGAGCUGCUUUGCAGGUGUGGCACGCUGGGCUGAUGUUCUGUUAGAGAUUCCACCUGCUUGGAAUAAGGAAUCUCAACAAAGAGGAGCAGGAAAGUGUUCACAUUAAUAUUUACUGAUUUGUUAAUACUGCUAACAGUUGAUCUUCCCACACAGAUCCUUUACACCUGCUGCAAGCAGAGCAGAUACUUGGGAGUUGUCAGCCAUCCCAGCUAGGACCUGAUCCAUUUUGUGUGCUUUGGAGACAAAACUGUGCUGUUGCCUUUCACCAUGACACCACUAAGGUUUUUUCCAUGCUCAAAUUCCCUCCUUUUCCCCUAGUGGGAUAGAUCUCACUUCUUCCAGUACAACCAGAGGCAGAUUAGUAUCUGAGGUCCUUGACAGGUUCUCCGGCGUCUCCUGGUCAGGCUUGCAGCAGGACACUCAUCCAAACCCCUCUUCGUGCUUUUGUCUCCUGAGACCAGAUUUUAAAAGGGCUGGGAAGAUUUCUGAUGCAUGCUGCUGCUGGAAUUUUAAGAACAACUGAAGUUUGAGCCUGUGAAAACACUCUUCUAGUGCCUUAUGCUUGUGAAUGCUGUGCAAUGGAUGUAGCUGAGGUGGGACAGAGCAAGGAGCAAUGUCAGCAGCAUGGUUCCCCAUCCACUACGGCCGUUUCCCUCUGCCCUCGCAGGGCCUUGGCAAGCAGGUGCCAGCAGGUUGUCUCCAGCAGCACAGGGAGGCUCUUUAAUCCCUUUGCAGUGUGGGGUCAGAGGAGGCUCAUGCCAGGUACUCUUCCUUCGAGGGGAACAGUGGUCUCAGCUCUGCUGAGUUCGGAUUUGGAGGGGUUUAGGAGAGACAAAGCUGCUCUGGUUGCCAGACCCUCUGGCAGAGGACAUGGACAGUUGUUCCCAAGCGCACAAGUCAGGGUGAGUUUGCUGCUCUCCACUGAGGCCGUGUUGUCAUGUAUGCUGUAUUUAUAUCAUGCUUGAUUUCAUUUCAUAUUUUGGUUGGCUUAAAUGUUGCUAGGUUUGUAUAUUAAUAAAGAGGCAUUUUAACUAC